GUUCACGUUGUGACGCGUGUUUCCUCGUGCAUAUAGGCGGCGGUUGACGCCACCGGAAAUUCGUUCGCAGAGACAAAUCAAUUAUUGCAAUUCCGAUAAGAGAUGUGCACCGGCAAAACUUCCUCUCGCUGUGUGUAUUCGGUUAUGCGCGAUCGGUGGUGAUUGUGAAUUAUCAUCGACCGCAAAAUGCGCUCCUAAACGUCAAUUGAACGGCGUGAGGUGUCUCUUGUCGGAUCGAGUGUCAGACCGCAAGUACGUGGGAGUGCGGCUCUUACGAAACUGUUUUCUGGAGUCACAGUCAGUCAGUUUCCAGUGAUCUGAUAAACUUUCAUCAUGGUUAAUGUAAAUGCAAGAGUGUUUUUUGAUAUCGAAGUGGGCGGACUACCAAUGGGUAGAAUAGUCUUCGAGCUCUUCUCAGACACCUGCCCGAUAACAUGUGAAAAUUUUCGAGCUCUGUGCACUGGCGAAAAGGGACUUGGAAAAACAACAGGCAAAUCUCUGCAUUAUAAGGGAAUAGUUUUUCACAGAGUGGUGAAAGAUUUUAUGAUUCAGGGAGGAGAUUUUUCAGUAGGUAACGGAACAGGCGGCGAGUCAAUUUAUGGCGGCACAUUUGCAGAUGAGAAUUUUAUUAUGAAACAUGAUAAACCAUUUUUGCUGUCUAUGGCCAAUCGUGGUAAAGACACUAAUGGAUCACAGUUUUUUAUUACUACGCAACCAGCGCCUCAUCUCGACAAUGUCCACGUGGUUUUUGGAGAAGUAGUGUCUGGGCAAGAAAUUGUGAUGCAUAUUGAAGGACUUCCGGUAGACCGUAUGUCACGUCCCUUGCAAGACGCUAAGGUUGUGAACUGUGGCGAACUGGUUUUGAAGAUCAAAAGCAAAGCGAAAAAACGCGAAGCGAAGCAAGAGAGCUCAGCGAAUUCCGACUCUGAUUCUUACACUGAUAAGUCAAAGAAGAAGAAAAAGAAAAGUAAAAGAGCAAAGUCGGAAGAAGGUGAGAUUGACUCUAACGAAGAAGAUGAACAGCCUCAUCCACUGGUGUCUGUCACAAAGAUUGAUCCUGACGAGAUUCCGGAAGUGCCCGCAAACAAAUUUCUGUACAGAGCGGGAUCCACCAAUAAUGCGAAUCAGAAGGAAUUCAGACAGCACUAUGGGAGAGAUCGUAUGCGAUCUCAUCGAAAUAGCGGUCGUAUUUUGAAGGGUAGAGGAGUAUUCAGAUAUCACGCGUCUUCGCGAAGUCGAUCCAGGAGCAUUACGCCACCUCACUGGAAACAAGCUCAAAAUCGUACUAUCAAACUGCACGAGUUUCAGAAGAUAGAAAAAGAACGGCUGAAGAAGGAAGAAGAGGCGAAGCAACGACAAACAAUCCAACAUAUCAGAAGAUUCGUGGAGGAUGUUAGCGAGAAAAAGAAUCAGGCGCCGGACAACUUGGGCAACGUGCAACAUCCGGCGGAGUUGAUGGAGAACAAGGAGAACGACCAGACGGACGAGGCGACGACGUUAAAUCAGAUGACGCAACAGCAGAACGACGACGCAAAGAGAAACGCGGACGGGCACGGUGUUACCGCGCAGAACAAGGAGGAGAGCAAGCACAGUAAAAGCGAGAGAUCGUUCAAACGCGAUCGUUACAACGACAGAAACAUUCGGCGCGACUCGAGAGAUCGACGAAGAUACGGACGUUCCCGGUCGAGAGAUCGCCGAAGGUCCCGGGAACGGGACUACGAUCGCAGAGGGAGUCGCGAUAGGAGGAACCGGAGAAAUUAUUCUCCUCGCAGACGGGAUUCUUAUCGUACGGGCAGACCUGGAAGGGACAAUUACAGACAAUACGACAACAGACGGGACAGACGACAAAACAACUACAAUCAGAACAACGACGACGGUUCUCGUCACGACAAGCACAGAGACAACAAGAGAAACGACAACAACGCGUCCGAGAACCAACCGAAGUUCAAACGCCGUUCGCGAUCGAGCAGUUCCAGUAGUCAGCACUCCAAAAAUUAAUCAAUCGUUUUUUUUUUUUUUUCUUUUCCGUUUACUAUUGACAACGCAAACGAUUACAGUUGUUUACGAUUAUACUAUCAACGAAUCGCAUACAUUAUUCGCAGACUAAAACAAGCUGUAAUAACAUUAGAGCAACGUAGCUCGACGUUCUCUACUCGAUAUUUGUAGUCCGAUCUUAUAUAGACGUCUUCAGGAUCGUUUUGUGCUCAUCUUAACGAUACCGUGUCUUAAAACCGACCGCGAAUCAUCCGAGGAUGAGCUUGAGACGAUUUCAGGUGUAAGAUCAGACUGUGAGUAUCGGGCCUCAAGUCCCAAUCAUUGGCGGUGUUCAGCGGAAUUCAGCGCCUUGCGCUUAAUUGUCCGUGAUCGGCUUAUUUCUCUCAGAAAUGUCCGAGUAUUUGCUAAUGACACAAAAGCAAUAAUAGCAAGGUGUUCGUUUCCGCUUAAACGCUAUCAUUUAAUUUGUGCACAUCUGAGAGAUAUAUAUACAAUAUGAAAUCUGUCUAUAUUUAUACUCUCAUUUCGAACCUCUUUUCUCUAUUUCUGUGAGCAUUCGUACUCUUAUUUCGAAUCUUCUCUACCUCUUUCCCCGGCACUUCAUACCGGGAAUAUAUACAUAUAUAUAUAUAUAUAUACACGCAUCUCGUGUACACUGUUCGAGAAGGAAAAGUGUUUGGGCAAAAAGUGUCACCGUGUGUGUGAACACAUACUGAAUGUAUGUGUAAACUCUUGGUUCUAUCUUGGUCCUUUUCUUACGGUUUUCACAUUAUUCUCUUACAAAUUGGACAAAUUUGAACAAAAAGAGGUGGAACUUAGAAAAAUUGUUUAAGAUUUUAGGAAAUUCUUCAACAGGUUAAAAGGAACUCGGAAACAAACGUUUGUAAGUAAAAAAAAAACUUGGAACACAAACGAUGUACAUCUUUGCAGAGCUAUGUGUUAAUAAUCAUGUGUAAUUGUGAUAAAUAAAUUACCUGCAUCCCGUA